GUGUUGAAAUGACCUAAAAACCACCCCAACAUGUGAAAUGGAGAAACAGAGAUGGGAGGGCAUAGCGGGAAGAGGUCACGAAAUGACAUACAUGCCCCUCAUAAUAGUUUCUGCCAUUAUCAGUGCACUCAAGGUGCACCUCCAAGCCACCCAACUUGGGAGGGCUAGCUCAACAUCAGGGACCUCAAGUGUCUCCUUACGAGGUGGGCUUCUUUUCAAACAAAGAGGAAGCAGCCUAGAACAUGCCACAGCUCUAUCAUUCCUUCUACUGGUCUAUGGGCGCAGUUUGGGUCAAGCCAGGAGACAAGUCCAUUGUGGGGAGACGAUCGUUACUCCUGUAAGGCUUACAGAGUUCGCAAGAAGCCAGGUAAUUGGAACCUGCACAUGAUAUAAUAUUCAACUAUCACUCCCGCAAUCCACAAUUGGACCUGACCUGAUUCAGGCAUUUCAUCAAUAGAGGUGGACUACAUUC